CACGGAAAUUCCCUGUUGAGAAGAACGGUUUGCUUCCGGGAAGAGUCAGAUGGCGUCAUCAUCCGAUCAGAGGACGGAGUUAGAAUGUGCAAUCUGCAUGAAUGGCUUCACCACACCAAAGAUUUUACAAUGUGGACAUCUUCUCUGCCUUGGAUGUGUAAUUUCCUGGAUGGAUUCAAAACCUAACGCCGAGUGUCCUCUGUGCAGAUCUCCUAUAGUCGAGAAACAUGGUCGACCAGGUCAAAGUUCAUCUGACAUUGCCGAUGCCCUGCCAACAGAUUUCGUGAUGGAAGCGCUGGUGGAUAGCGCUCGUGUGCUGAAUAAAGAUCCUGUUUGUUGUGUAUGUGAUGGUGUCAGUGCGGAGUUUAUCUGUAUACAGUGUCAGGACAUGUUGUGUUCAGGGUGUGCUAGGGCUCAUAAAAAGUUUUCUUCGACUCGCAGUCACGAUGUGGAAGGUCUCAGCACUGUGACACCUGAACGUCUGGCUGCCAGCCGCCCUGCACUGUGUGCUGACCACGGCGACAAACACGCGAAAUACUUUUGUGGCGACCACCGCCUCGCUGUCUGUUUACCUUGCAGCUUCAUGAAACACAAAAACUGUUCCUUAAUGAGGGAAAUUGACGAAGAAAUGAAGUCAGCUGAGACUUCAACGACUGAUUUGACGAACAGACUCUCUCGGGCGGAGGAGCUUGUGGAACAGGCGAUGGCUGAGGUGGACAAUUGUUUGGAGGAUGUGGAUAUCAGUGAAGCAAACGACGUGUCACAGGUAGACGCUGUAUGUGACCGUCUUCGCAAUCUGGUGGAAGGUUUUCGAAACAAAUUAAAGGAAAUCAGCCGUUUAUCCCAUUCGCAAGUCAGGACAUCACUCAAAGAGUUUAAAUCCUCAUUUGGAGGGCGACUAGGUACCGUGAUGUCACACAAAAAUAUUGUGGCUCGAGUCCGAUCGGUGGCACCGUGUCCUGCACUCAUACACGCGACCAAAACACUAACAGACAGGGUCAACAGCCUUGACAUCGACGCUGACCUAGAAGCUGAUGUCUGGGCCAAUCCUUCCCUAGAUACAAGUUGCUAUAAAGACAUUGUCAGACACAUUGAGAAAGACCUACAAAUGCUGGGAAGGAUGAAAAGCGAUCUUCAGAGGCAACACCUGGCUUUUCAUGCAAAUUCUGGCAUCUUCAGUACACUGAUCUUAGACAAGAAAAUUGCAGGACAGAAAAAUGAUGGACUUUAUUUUGCAAGACCUGGAGUAGUGGCAUCUUGUCGGCCGGUAGAGCCAAACGUUUUAUAUCAGGUCAGAGUAGACAAAACUAUGUCCAAAGGUUUCGUGUACUAUGGAAUAACAGAAACUAAACCCUCCAAACUUGACUCACUUCAAAAAAACUACGGUCUUUCAAGAUGGAGACACUUGACAAUGGAAAAAGGGCUGAUAGGAGUGAUGAAAGAUUCAUCUAAUCAUCUUCACUUUUACUUGGACGAUCAAAAAAUAGACACCGACACAGGUGAUAUUCCUCGACACUGCUAUGCCGUGUUCGUACUCUUACCUGGCGUCCUGAAGGUGACGCUACUUCCUGUUGUCAAGAUUGUCUAAACGAGGCCUUCAUCGAAGGAAAGCGGUUAAAACAGUGUUACUAGAGGCGUUAAAGCUCAUUGUUUCCAGAUUUCAGUUCCUGUCCCGAGUACAUUACACUGAAGCUGUUAAUGAUGAUGUAUAGAGAUCUGUUUAUAUGGAUAUUUGUUUAUACUGAUCUUUGACCUGUGAUAUUACAAUCAUGUGACACA